AUGGACACGGGCGCGGGCUCGUCGGGCGUGGACAUGGGUGGUCACUUGUCGGGAGGCGCGGGCAUCGGCGACCUCAUGAGCCAGAUGUCCGAGUUCCCGUCGCGCAAGAUGGGCCAUCGCCGCGUCGCCAGCGACAGCCUCCACGGCUUCUGUUUCGGCGGCGGGGGCGGCGGGAACGCGCCGAGCAGCAGUGACGGCAUAAUGCUGGACGACAUGGACGUGGCCUCGGCGGCGGCGGCGGUGGCUGCGACGCUGGGCGGCGCGAUGGACGACGCCAUGCUUUCCGAGAUGGUCGACGCUGCCGCGCAUCCGCUCUCAGCGGGGCCUAACGCUUCCGGAGGGGGGGGAGCGCCGAGCGGGUUCAUGUACCAGGGCGGUAGCAUACAGGCCGACAGCGGUACCAGCGCAGGGGCCGCCAGUAGCAGCGGAGGCGCAGGCGCCGUGGGGGCGGGUGGGGGAAUUGGCGGAGGCAUCAUGGGCGGGGGAGGUGCGCCGAGCAGCAGCGGGGGGAACGGCGGGGUUCUUGGAGGGCGCAUGGGUUACGGCGGCAGCGGAGCGGCGACAGGGGGAGGGGCGGGGGUCGGCGGUGGCAGCAGCGGCGGUGGCGGCGGGCAUUCGCGGAGCUUUUCGGUGGACGACGCGUUUCUGUUCAAGGUGGGGCCGUUCAGGGAGUCGUUGGACCCCGUCCACUCGCCGCUCAACGCCAGCCCGCUGCUGUCCCGCCGAUCGCGGCGGCCCGACGGCGUGAUGUCGAUAAAGGACGAGGUGGACGAGCUGGACGACGACGACGCCGUGCGCCGCGUGCUGGCGUCCAAGAAGGCGGCGGGCGACGGCGACGUCAUCGACGCCAAGAAGGCUAAGCGCAUCUUGGCGAACCGGCUGUCAGCGGCGCGGUCGAAGGAGCGCAAGACGCGGUACAUCAUGGAGCUGGAGGAGAAGGUGGCGGCGUACGAGAAGCAGGCGCACGCGCUCAAGGCCACGCUCUCCAUCCUGCAGAGGGAGACGACGUCGCUGGCGGAGGCGAACGACGGCAUGGCGAAGAAGUUGCAGCUGCUGGAGCAGCUCUACCAGCAGAGCGAAGUGGAGAACAAGCACCUGCACGACCAGGUGGAGGUGCUGCGCAAGGCAGCGGGCCUGCCACCGCUCUCGCCCAUGGGCAAUGCGCCCACCACUCCCAACGCGCUCACUGCUGCCGCGUCGCACCCGCCCCUGAGCCCAACUGGCGGCGCCCCGCCAUCGCCGCAGGGCUCCUUGUCUGUGGACGGGCAAAUCGGCCACCUGCUCACCGGAGCCAUCAGUGCCUCUUAG